AUGGCUAAUAAAAUCGUUGUCAUAGGAAGCGGCUUCGCUGGUUUAUGGACCGCCAUUGGUGCCAAGAGGGUCAUCGACCUGAAUAAGAGCUUACUAGGUGACCAAGAUGUUGAAGUGUUGGUUGUUGCACCAGAGCCUAAACUUGUGAUUCGUCCUCGUCUUUACGAGUCGAAUGUAGCAAACAUGAGCGCUCCUCUUGAGGACCUAUUUGCAGCAACUGGCGUCCGAUUCACUCAAGGAGUUGUUCAUACUAUCCGAACAAAGGAAAAGAAAAUCGAAAUGGUCGACAUGGCCGGAGUAUCAUCGAAAUUAUCCUACGACAAACUCGUCUUAGCUGCUGGAAGUCGUUUGGUUCGCCCCGAGAUCUCUGGGCUCAAAGACCACGCAUUUAGCAUUGAUACUAUCCGAGAAGCGGCAAAUCUUGAAGCUCACUUACGCCAUCUCGCGUCUUUGCCAUCUAUGCAGGCUCGGAAUACUGUGAUAAUAUGCGGGGGCGGCUUCACGGGCAUCGAAUUGGCCACCGAGUUGCCUCGUCGGCUACGCGCCAUUCUCGGCCUUGAUACCAAAGUCCGUGUCAUUAUUGUUGAACGAUCAGAUGUUAUUGGCCCCUCCUUGGGAGACAAUGUUCGGCCUGUUAUUACCAAAGCGCUUGAGGAUGUCGGGGUGGAAGUCAAACUUGGGGUCGCGAUCAAGUCUGUGGACGAUGGAGGCAUUGUGACCACAGCGGGGGAGCGCAUUGAGGCUCUCACUGUAGUGUGGACUGUGGGUAUGGAAGCAACUCCUCUCACAGAGCAGAUACCUGGUGAAAAGGAUAGCAUGAGACGAUUGAUUGUGGAUUGCAAUCUGCGAGUUCCAUCGUGUACCGACAUUUUCGCCACGGGCGAUGCGGCAUGUGCCAAGACUGACGAUAAGGGUAACUACACCAUCAUGUCGUGUCAACAUGCUAUUCCGAUGGGUCGCGUAUCCGGUUACAACGUGGCGGCAGAUCUCUUAAAGAUGGACUUGCGUCCUUAUGAGCAGCCUAAUUACGAGACUUGCCUUGAUCUUGGGGCUUGGGGCUCCGUGAUAACUUCAGGUUGGGAACGCCAAGUUGUGAAAUCCGGGGCAACAAUGAAAGAGGCCAAGGAAUUUGUCAAUCGCAUCCUGAUUUAUCCUCCGACCAAUCCGGUGGAAGCUUUCGCCUUUUCAGAUCCCGAUUGGGUCGGCCCUUCAACGAAGGCUUAUCUCGAUCCUGUUCAAGGCUAG